AUGGAAUCGUCCACCGCUUCACCGCCGGGGACAAGAAGCGGCCGCCGCGAGAAGCUGUUACGGAGAGUAAUAUUGCCGUCGAUCCGAGGGCAAAACUGUCCAAUAUGCUUAGGAAGCCUCGAACCUCGCAGCGCGGCGGUGCUGGAGGCGUGUAAGCACGCGUACUGCCUCCGAUGCAUUCGCAAGUGGAGCACUUUGAGACGAAAAUGCCCUCUCUGUAAUUCCAUCUUCGAGUCUUGGUUCGAUACUAUCAGCCUUUCUUCUCGAAGUUUCCGCCGGGAGAUUUUACCUCCGCUCAAUACUAACGCUUCUGCAACCGGAACUAGAAGCCUUCACGAUGCACAUCCAAGGAAUGUGAUGAAUGAGCGGCGGCGAUCACGGCCGUUGCCGUGGCGGCGUUCGUUUGGACGGCCGGGAUCUGUGGCUGCUGAUGUCAUUGCUGAGAGGAAGCUUCAAUGGCGCGCAAGUAUAUAUGGAAGACGAUUGCAAGCGGUUGCUUCAGCUCCAAGAAACCGUGUUCAAGUGAGUGCGCCGGUUAAUGAUUUGGUGAAAGAGAGAGUGUUGCAAAGAGUGGAGCCUUGGAUUAGAAGAGAGCUGCAGGUUAUUCUUGGUGACAGAGAUCCAUCUGUUGUUGUUCAUGUGGUCACCUCACUCUACACUGCGAGCCUUGACAAGAAGGAUUCUGUCUCUUCGGGGCAACAUGAUGUACUGGAUAACUUCCUUGAGCCGUUGCGCCCUUUCUUGCUUGAACGAACUGAUAUGUUUUGGCAUGAACUAAGAUGUUUUGCAGAGAGUCCGUUUAACAUGCAAACAUAUGAUGCUGUUGUUGAGUACAGAAGGCUGAGUUGAGUGAAGAGAGAAAACUAAGGCCAUUCCUCAUCUUUCCCUUUGUGUAUGUUCCGGUUUUUCAUUGGACUAUCAAGUUAUAAGACGCUGUUGAACUUGCCUAUUCAUGAGUAUGAAGAUCUGUAUGGUAGUCUCCUUAGAGAGGAAGUCAGAGGCGGCAUACCCAGUCAAGAGAUUCAUCAACUGAGUCAUUGGAGAAGGAAAUAAGCAAUGCUAGAGCUUUAAUGUUUAGGGAGAAUAUACGAGGGGGAUAUAUGACAACUGCUACUAAAACAAUCCAAUAGACUGGAGCUCACUUUUGUGGACUCCCCAAUCAUGUUUGGCUCAUCGAGUAGUUUCUGUGCUCUUUAGACCAGCAAGAAGAUUUGAGGUGGCACUAUCGGAUUCCAAAGCUAGAGACACAGCAUGGGUGAGGAUUCUGCUUGGGGAGAGAGGACAAUGCUGAUACACAAAGCUACAACGAGCUUUCCAAAUUGACCAGUUGAUGGAACUGAUUAAGAUAGCCCAUAACCGGUCUACUGUGCUAUUUUGACCGGAUAAAACAUUUAGAAACCAAGAAUCAAAACUGGUGAGCCUACUGUUGUUCUAUUUCAGAUCCAAAGGUGAGCUGAACCACACCGGAGUAACCCAAGAACACAAUAGGAGAGUAUGUUUGAUUGAUUCUAUAGAGUCUCCACAUAUUGGGCAAGAAGGAUUGCAGGUAAGUUCUCUUUAAAAGAUUGAGAAAUGUUGGGACCUCCCCAUGCAAUGCUUUCAGAGAAAGAAUUUGAUUUGAGGCAAAGUAUUCAAUUUUCAUAAAAGUUUCCAGCACUUUGAAUUGAUG